AUCCGGGAGCCUUCCUGCGAUUGUCGAUCAUCAUUGUUUCAACCCACGGUGACGCCCUAUUUGCCUAUUCGCCAUCGGUUGCCUCAGGCGGUCGUCGUUAAUAUCAUACUCUUUCAUAGGUGGGUUAUAUCGCGUCGCAACUUGGAGCGACCCUUGGAGUGCUUGGGGCAAGGUUUAUGAAUUUACUGUUGUCAUUGUUCGCGCGCUCUUGCCCUUUUCCCUAUGAACUCGUGAUGGAUGGUUGUUCCUUAGGGCAGUUUCUUGUUUACCUCCUCAUGUUUGCUUCCUUCGCCGUCUUAACCCUCCGCCUUUUCUUUUCCUCCUUGUCCACUUCACCUCACCACCUUCCCCACUCACCACCCACACGUCGUCAUCAUCUAACCAUGUCGUUUGCGGCAGCUUUUAACUUCAUCUUCAAGCCCUUGAUCGACUUUCCCUCCAACAUCACCGCUUCCAUAAAUUACGCACAGGGUAUUUGCACUGCGGGAGAUUCGCACUCGACUAACGCUGCCGAGGAUUAUCUUUCCGGAAGCGAAAAAUCCACUUCCGGCUCCGAGGACGAGGACGAGUAUUACGGAAGCUAUCAGCAAACCAAGCAUUUCGCACCACCACUUGCCACCUCUCCUUUCCCUAGCGCGACAGCCAAGUCUGUGGAUCAUGUGUGUUUAGCUAAGGAUCUUGAGUCUACUGAUCCUGCCUGUCUCACAAACUCGGACACAAAACCUGCACCCGGAUUCUUUCAAUUUCCCUACCAGAAGACCCACUUCGCUCUCCCAUUCGUUAGCGAUCUUCAGUCCAAGCUAUUCACGGUUUCCGGUAUUGGUGCUUUUAGUGGUCUAGAGAGAAGCAAUACAGCCGAAGCUCAGCUGUUGCGUGAAUCGCUCCUGGACUCUGCAGAAAAACCCGCUUUCUCUGGGGCUACUAGCUCCCCCGUCUUACCCUAUUCCAUCAAGCCAUCCUAUAGCUCUUACUCUGCUAACGCAGCUGUUCCCGCUUCUCCGAGAUCUCAGUUAGCUUCGACUUUUCGUCCCAAAUUCUGCAGAUCGAAACUUUCCGUUCCCGGAACCCGUAACCCACGUAACCCAUCUACCACCAGUGCCACCCCUGUAAAGGGGCCCUUCGACAAUUUUGUCCACCUACCGCCUCCCUUACCAUCAGACCCACUAUAUACAACCCUACCCCGCUCACUUUCACAUCAGCGAUCAGCUCCCAAAGCUACCUAUUCCCCUGCGCUUGAAGUCGAGAUGGCCGAGGCCAUCUCCACCAGCUCCCCCAAGCCGACAGCCACCACCCCAAAAAACAUCCCCUGGAACCGCGUCUAUGAAAUCCACGCCUCCCAACUACGCGGCCACCUCCGUUUCCUAAAGCUCCUUGCAGCAAACAAGGGCCAUUCCCAGCCCCUUACGCAAUGCAUCUCCCGCGCAGAGACCCUCCUCAAAGAUGCCGCAACUGCCGCCGCCGCAUCCGGCAUUUCUACCGCUGGACCGGUCCCAGCGAAGCCGGAGAAGCGCCGACGCUCUGUACGCUUCGAAGACGAAGUAGUAGCCAAAGAAGCCAAACCUGACAAGAAGAAUAAAACGGCACAUAAAUCGAUUCAAAGGCCGAAAAUGCGACAUGCAAAGCCUUCCAAAGCGCGGGUUGCUUCAUUGCUUAGCACUCUAGGAAAGAGGUCACGGGUCAAACCUAGUGAUUCUGAUGAUUCUAGUGCUGGGGGCGUCCUCGACGGCGAGAAGGUUAUCAGGAAGAAGAUGAGAAAGGAGUAUUUCACUCCUGGAAUGGUCUUGGAAUUUGAGAGCAGCGAUGAUGAGGAUGACGGGGAGUUUGUUCCACCUGGCGACGAGGAGGAGGAAGACUCGGAGGAUGAUUGCGACAGUGAUGAGAGUGGAGAUGCGGAGAAAGAGGAUGACACCUCCCCCUCGCCGGAGGUGGACCGGAAGAGGACUAAAGCUAGGGGUGUAGAUGGGAAGGAUAAAGACGUCAAUAGGAAGAACGUCGCCAAAGAAGGUGUCGAGGACACCACCGCAGCCAAGGACGUACCCGAAUCCAACAAAAAGCGCAAAAUUGUUGUUCUAAAUGCUCCAGGGCAGACUGUGCCCUUGACACAGGAGGCGGGGGAAGCUGGCAGGGGGAAGAGGAUUAGGCCUUCGUAGGGGGUGCAAUUUAAUGUGGGAGGGUUGGAGAAUCAUGGAGGGGAUAGAGGAGGGGGCAUACAGGACAUGAGCGGCGAAAAUUGUAAUGUUCUCAUGACGUGAUGUUUUUUACUUUUUUUUUUCCCUGCUAUUUUUUGUAUGGAACUGGGUUAUGGGAUGGGCUCACGAAAUUGUACCUGAUGGGAAACGUGACACAGUUAUUGG